AUGAGCGCUAAAUUCCGGUCUUUCCAUCCUUUCAAGAAAGGCAAUCAGAAAGAGAGACCCCAACCCGUCGCUUCGCCCGCCCCCUCUAACGGCACCGUCGCGCCCUCCAACGGUACCUCGCCCACCUCCCCCCCUCCCUCCCACCGCAGCUCCUCCACGGCCAGUCUGUCCCAACAGCCGUCGCAGCCGACACCACAGCAGCAGCUCGGUCGUCCACCUAGCUACCCCGUCCAGCAGCGCCCGCAGAGUCCCAUGGUCCAGCAGGUCGUCCAGCACCCCGCCCCGCUCAACCCACCCAACAUGCAGUACGCUCAGCCCGGCAUCCCGCAACAAAUGAACCCGCCGCCAGCCUACGGCAUGCAGCAACCCCAGCAAGGCAUGGGGUUGCCCAUGCCCGCACCGCUCGCCUCGCAAUACCGCAACCCGGCCGUCGAGGUCGAGGGCGCCAACCGGAGCAAGGCCCAGCUCAUUGUCGGUAUCGACUUUGGUACUACCUUCUCCGGUGUCGCGUUUGCCUUUGCGACCAACAACGAGGCGAGAGAAGACAUUAUCACCGAGUGGCCAGGCGCCGGCACUCACACCAAGCAGAAAAUCCCCACCGUUCUCUACUACGACCAAUACCAGAAAGUCGUCGGCUGGGGGCCGGAUAUCGCCGAUGCCCUGGCCCCGACAGGCUACCCCAAGCCCGGCGUGCAGAAGGUGGAAUGGUUUAAGCUGCAGCUGAUGCUGUCCGGAAACACCUAUAUCGACCCGAUCAACCUGCCCCCACUGCCCCCAGGCAAGUCCGAAAUCGACGUGGCCGCCGACUACCUCUUCAAGUUGCGCCAGGCCAUGCGCGCUCAACUGCAGAAGACGUUGGGUGAAGUGUUUACUCGUGAAGAGCGCAACAUCCGUUAUUACCUCACUGUUCCGGCCAUUUGGAACGAUGCCGGCAAGGCAGCUACCCGCGCGGCGGCCAUCCAAGCUGGCUUCCUGCGCGAUGAAAAUGACAACCGCCUGACUCUUAUUUCCGAGCCUGAGGCGGCCGCUCUCUUCUGUGCGAAGAGCGGUCUGCUCAAUCUGAAGAUCGGCGAUGCUAUCCUGAUUGUCGAUUGCGGUGGUGGUACUGUCGAUUUGAUCGCAUACGAGGUCGAGGAAGAAUCCCCCUUCAGUGUGAUGGAGUGCACGACCGGAUCGGGUGACUCGUGCGGUUCGACGGCCCUCAACCGGAAUUUCAGCAACAUCCUGCGCGCCAAGAUUCGGAAGAUGAAGCUGCCGGACGGCUCCCGAAUUGCGGGCAAGGUCUACGCCAAGUGUAUCAUGGAUUUUGAGAACCGCAUCAAGGCAGACUUCCGCAACAAUGGCCAAAAAUGGGCCGUGGAUGUCGGUAUUGAGGCCGACUUCCCCGAUGCAGGUAUUGAGGAGGGUUAUAUGAUGUUCACCAAUGAGGAGAUCUUGCAGUGCUUCGAGCCUGUAGUGAACCGGAUUCUCGAGUUGGUGCGCAAUCAGAUCAUUGCCAUCCAGGCCCAGAACCGGGUGCUGCAGAACGUCCUGGUUGUGGGUGGAUUCGGUGCCUCGGAGUAUCUCUUCCAGCAGAUCAAGCUGCACGUCCCGCCACAAUACAACACCAAGGUGGUCCGCCCCAUGGACUCGGUGGCUGCCAUUGUCAAGGGUGCUGUAACCGCCGGAAUCACCGAGCGAGUCAUCACCCACCGUGUUGCCCGUCGACACUACCUCAUGGCCACCCUGCAGCCAUUCAAGGAGGGAUACCAUCCUGAGCAGUAUCGCGUGCCUAGCUUGGAUGGCCGCGAUCGCUGCAAGUACACUCGCCAGAUCUUCGUCCAGAAGGGUGAGCGUGUCAAGAUUGGCGAGCCUGUCAAGGUCAGCUUCUUCCGUCAGGUGGCACCGGGUGCUACCCUUAUGUAUGAGGAUGUGCUAUACGCUUGCGAUGAGGACGUUUGCCCCGAGUAUACUAAAGAUCCUCGCAUCAAGGAGGUCGUCACGCUCACUUCGGAUUUGUCCCGCAAAAACCUCGAGACCGACUUUGAACGCAUGGAUACACCCCAGGGUAUCUUCUACCGGGUGUACUUCGACAUCUACCUGACCCUGGACGGUAGUGAGUUCAGCGCCGAGCUGGUUUGCCAGAAUGAAAUCAUGGGCCGCUGCCGCGCCAAGUUCCGGUAA